AAUUAAUCUGGAUAUUUUUUUGAAGACAUUACACCAGUAGAGUGUAGAAAAAAUUCGGGAGAAGUAUGGAUCCCAAGCAUGGUGAGGGAGGAAGUAAGUUAUUUCGAGCUCAAUCUCAUUUGUAUAAGCAUAUAUUCAACUACAUAAGUUCCAUGUCCCUUAAGUCUGCAGUUCAGCUGGGCAUACCAGGCAUAAUUUAUAAGCAUGCUCGGCCUAUCACACUUCCUGAAUUAGUCACAGCACUGGAGGUCCACCCUGCAAAAAGUGGCAACGUAUACCGGCUAAUGCGCUUGUUGGUUCACUCAGGCUUCUUUUCUAAAACAAAGGUACUUACCGAAAACGAUCAAGAAGAAGAAGCAUACGCUCUAACCCCUUCUUCUAGGCUACUAAUCAAAGAUGAGUCCAAUUGCUUGUCACCAUUUCUCCUGUCAAUGCUUGAUCCAGCUUUUUUAACUUCAUGGCAUUCUUUAGGAGGUUGGUUCCGGGGUAAUGAACUCACACCAUUUGAAAGUGCACAUGGGGUCAACUUUUGGGAUUAUGGUGAACAAAACUCUGAAUUUAACAACCUUUUUGGUCAAGCAAUGGCCAGUGAUUCUCAAAUGGUUAAUUUGGUUGUUCAAGACUGUAAGCCAAUUUUUGAAGGAUUGGAUUCAUUGGUUGAUGUAGGGGGUGGUACAGGAUCAUUUUCCAGAAUCAUAUCUGCAGUAUUCCCCCACAUGAACUGCACAGUAUUUGACCUCCCACAUAUUGUUGCUAACUUGCCAGAGAGUAAGAACUUGAAGUUUAAGGGAGGCGACAUGUUUCAGUCCAUCCCUCCUGCAGACGCUUUCUUAUUUAAGUUGGUUUUUCAUGCAUUUGGUGAUGAAGAUUGCGUGAAGGUGCUGAAGAAAUGCAGAGAAGCUACUGCAAGCAAAGGCAAAGGAGGAAAGGUGAUAAUCAUAGAUAUUGUGAUAGAUGAAAAGAAAGAUGAACAUGAAUUAACCGAAGCAAAGCUGUUUUUCGACAUGUUGAUGAUGGUUGUUGUUACUGGAAGGGAGAGAAAUGAGAAAGAAUGGGAAAGACUAAUCUUGGAAGCUGGAUUUAGUGGCUACAAGAUAACACCUUUCUUUGGUUUAAGGUCCAUUAUCGAAGUCUAUCCAUAGAAAGAACAAUUCAGAGUUCCAAGCUCAAUAUCACAUGUUAAAUAAAGCAUUCAUAGCUGAACUGCUUUGUUAACAUUCAAGCAGUUACUUGAGGGUUUUUGAAUAAUGGAUUUGUUUUAUAUUAAAUAUUGUUGUUGUUUGAAGUA